AUGAGCUCCCGGAGUAAACGUAUACUGGAAUUGUGUAACAACACACCACAUAAAGUACCAGUGGGGUAUAUGUCUAGCAAAAAAGACAAUGUCACUAUUACUACUCCGGAUAUCAGCGAAAAAGAAAACUUCAAUAUCUUAGAUCUACCAGUAGACAUAGUCAACGAGAGUUUUAUAGAAACGUUUGGUAUGAUUGAUGCAGAAAUUCUAGAAUCAGUUGAAACUACAAGUCUAGCAGUUCCGGAGUUUGACAAUAUGGAAAUUGUUCACGGAGAAGUUUCAGAAGUCGAAGGACUAUCUGAAGCUACAAACUUUGCAGAUCCAGAAUUCGAGUGUUCAGAUAUCGUUCAAAAUCAAACUCCAGGUGUUGAGGCAGCAGCUGAAAAUGCAGGACUCGAAGUUUCAGUACUUAAGGAGAUGGGUUGCCAAAAAGAUAGUGAAAUACAGUCAAAAGUCACGAAAUAUCGUGAAAAUAGUUUCAGCGACGAGGAAGUACAGGCACAACCACGAAAACGCUUAGCUGGUGGAAACUUAAAAAAAAUCAAUCAAGAUCUUCGAAUGAAAGGAAAGCAAUACAUAGGCUACAGAAGGCCAAAAAAUCAAACGAACACGUUUCACGAUGCACAAAGGGAACCGAGAAAACAAUCUUUAGGAUGUUCGUCACAAUUUUGUAUUAAGUCAUCAAAAAGAAAAUGCAAUGAGGUUGAUGAAAGUAUACGCCAAGAUAUUUUCAAAAAAUUCUGGUCUGAUUUAAACUGGGAGCAGAGAAAAACCUAUGUGGCAAGCUUGGUCAUGAAGAUACCAGUCAAGGAUAAAAGAAACAUGAUGAAUUUGGAAUCUAGACGCACUGGUACAUUGAAAUAUCAUUUGAAGGUAGGCUCGGUGAAUAUGCCUGUGUGUAAGAAAAUGUUUCUUUCAACAUUUGGACUGAGAGAAUGGCAAGUACUUCAUUGGGUAUGUAAGAGUGAACACGGAAUCCAUAAUAAAAAACCAGAAAGGAGAGAAAUAGGAGGGAUAGUGUCAAAUCGGCAAUCUAAUGUUUUUAUGAAGCAAUUUUUAAAUAACUUAAACAAAUUGCCGUCGCACUGUUGUCGUAAGGACUCAAAAAAAUUAUACUUAGAACAGUCGUUCAGAAACAUUACGAGUCUUUACCAGGCUUAUGUUCAACAUUGUGAGAAGUCGAAUGAAAAGCCCAUGAGCCAAAAUUCCCUUACUAAGAUGGUGAAGAAACUGAAUAUUGCGUUGUAUCAGCCCAAAAAGGAUGCUUGUGACAUCUGCUGUCAAUAUGAAGAGAAAAACAUAUCUGAAGAAACUUGGAAAAUACAUCAAGCUGAAAAAGAGCGGGAAAGAGUGGAAAAAAGCAAAGAUAAAGAGGAAGCUUUGACAGGUACUCAACACGUUCUGACAAUGGAUUUGCAAGCUGUUAAAGUGUGUCCAUCAGUGAUGGCUAGUACGGCAUACUUCAAAACCAAGCUAUGUGUCCACAAUUUCACCGUCUACAAUUUAGCGACGAGAGACUGUACUUGUUAUUGGUUUGAUGAAACUAGUAGUGACUUACAGGCAUCAACGUUUGCCUCAUUUAUUGUAGAUUACAUCAGGAAACAUUUUAAUUGUGAAAAACCAAUAAUUAUAUACUCGGAUGGUUGCACUUAUCAGAACCGAAACACCAUUAUGUCUAAUGCACUGUUGCAUUUGGCUAUGGAUUUGAAUGUCACAAUUGAGCAAAAGUUCUUGAUAAAGGGACACACUCAAAUGGAGUGUGAUAGUGUGCAUGCUACAAUAGAAAGAAAACUAAUUGACAGAAAGAUAGUUCUACCAAGUGACUAUGUAAGGAUAUGUGAAGAAUCAACGUCAAAGCCCUUCAAACAUGAAUCAGUAAUGGUUGAUCAUGAUUUUUUUACUAAUUAUAACAACGUGCAAGUAUAUAAGUCGAUAAGACCUGGACGAAAGGUUAACGAUCCUACCGUAACGGAUCUCCGAGCACUGCAAUACUCCCCAACUGGAAAAAUCUUCUAUAAAUUGAAAUUUGACGACCCUUAUCAAGAACUGCCGAUGAGGACUACCCGUACAAAGCCAACAGAGAAUGUGGUUCUAACGCAGUUACCCAAAGAACGACUGAAGAUUAAAAACACCAAAUUCGACCACUUCCAAAAGUUAAAGGCAGUUUUGUCUAAGGACGUUUGGCCGUUUUAUGACCAGCUACCUCACUACGAAUAG